CGUUCAAUUGGGAGUUUGCCACCGGUUCUGGUCGGGACGCGGGUUGCGCAAGUGUCACAGCGCUGUCCGCUUCUCUCUGCGCGUCCGGCGAACAGAGCAGAGAGGCGCUGCUGCCCACAGCAUGAGAGCAGGCUGCGCAGGGUUGCAGAAAAGGACUGAGUGAAAAACAGAACGAGACCUCUCCUCCACACGCCAUGAAGACGGAGGGCUCUGUAAAUCAGAGUGUGAAUGAAGCCGGGGCUCUGCGCUGCGUGCCUGGCAGUAAUUAUGGCAGCGCAGGGAAGAGGAUUAAGGUACGAGCCCAUCCCGGGGUCCCAUUAGUGGGAUUGAUGUUGUUGGCCACCCUCCCUUUUGGAGCGAGCAUCAAACAGAGUGUCCCCAGGGUCAAACUCAGCCACAGAGAACUGCUGCAAGCCGGCAGUGUGUCUCUGUUCCUGGGCCCCUCCGAUGGCCUCCACUCCCACUCGCUGCUGCUGGACGAGGAGAGAGGUCGUCUUCUGCUGGGAGCCAGGGAUCACGUCUACCUGCUUGACCCCGACAAUCUGGCCAGGGCCCCCAGAAAGAUCUACUGGCCUGCUCCCCGGGACCGAGUCGAAAUGUGCAAACUGGCAGGCAAAAAUGCAAAUUUGGAGUGCGCUAACUUUGUCAGGGUCCUCCACAACUACAAUCGAACACAUGUCUACGCCUGUGGGACGGGAGCCUUCCACCCUACCUGCGCUUUCAUUGAACUAACCGGCCACAGAGAGGACGGCGCGUUCCAACUGCUGUCUACCACAGUGGAGUCUGGCAGAUUGAAAUGUCCUUUUGACCCCUUGCAGCCAUUUACCUCGGUCCUCACAGAUCAGUACCUGUACGCGGGCACAUCUUCGGACUUCCUGGGCAAAGACACGACCUUCACGCGCUCCCUCGGCCCUCCGCCCGACCAGCACUACAUACGCACGGACAUCUCCGAAGACUACUGGAUCAACGAGGCCAGGUUUAUAUCUGCACACCCCAUCGCAGACACCUACAAUCCCGAUGACGACAAGAUAUACUUUUUCUUCCGGGAGGUGUCGUGGGAAGGCAACGACAAGAGCAUCGUGUCCCGGGUGGCUCGUGUGUGCAAGAAUGAUGUGGGUGGGCUGAGGAGUCUGACCAACAAAUGGACCACCUUCCUCAAAGCCAGACUUGUGUGUUCCAUCCCCGGGCCAGACGGAGUGGACACACACUUCGACGAGCUCCAGGACAUCUUUCUGCUUCCUACCAGGGAUGACAAAAACCCUGUAGUGUAUGCAGUCUUCACCACCUCCAGCUCCAUUUUCCGCGGCUCUGCAGUGUGUGUGUACAGCAUGGCGGACAUAAGGGCCGCCUUUAACGGACCCUACGCCCACAAGGAGGGGCCCGACCACCGCUGGGUUGAGUACGAGGGGAGGAUACCGUACCCGAGACCCGGAACGUGUCCCAGCAAGACGUAUGACGCGAGGAUCAAGACCACCAAAGACUUCCCGGACGAGGUGGUCAGUUUCAUCCGGUUCCACCCUCUGAUGUACCGCUCCGUGUACCCUCUGACCGGCCGACCCGUGUUCACACGCGUCCGGGUGGACUACACCCUGACCCAGAUCGUGGUGGACAGAGUUCUGGCAGAGGACGGUCAAUACGAGGUCAUGUUCCUGGGAACAGACGCCGGCUCGGUUCUGAAGGUGGUGAGCAUCACUCAAGAGAAUUGGUCGACGGAGGAAGUGGUGCUCGAGGAGCUGCAAGUUUUUCAGGUUCCAACUCCUAUCCUCAGUAUGGAGAUGUCAUCGAAACAGCAACAGCUCUACGUGGGCUCAAGUGAAGGGCUUGCCCAGGUCUCACUCAGCAGGUGUCACCUGUACGGUCACGCCUGCGCCGAAUGCUGCCUGGCACGGGACCCGUACUGCGCCUGGGACGGACACACGUGUGCGCGAUACAUCCCUGCGUCCAAGAGGCGAGCCAGGAGACAGGACAUCAAGCACGGAGACCCUGCCAGUCAGUGCUGGGACACGGAAGACAGUGUUGUCGGGGGACGGGUGGAGGAGAGGGUCCUGUUCGGGGUGCAGAGCAACUCCACAUUCCUCGAGUGUAUCCCCAAAUCUCAACAGGCCCAGAUCCGGUGGUACAUACAGAGAGCUGGAUCCGAGCGCAGGGAGGAGGUCCGGCUGGAUGAUCGCGUCGUACACACGGAUCGAGGUCUCCUGAUCCGCUCCCUCCACAGCUCCGAUGCCGGCGUGUACGUCUGCGUGGCUCAGGAGCGCACGCACUUCGCCCGCACCCUCCUCCGUCUCACCCUUCAGCUUGUUACGCAUGGACAGCUGGACGGGAAGCCGAAACCCAGCGAGGACCCCGUGGUGGACCUACGCCACGCCGCCGAGUCCCGCCAGCGUUACAAAGACUACCUGAGGGUGAUGAGCUCCCCCUUCAGCUCGCUGGAGGAGUACUGCGACUCGCUGUGGCUGGAGAAGAGGCCGUCGAGGGUGCGAGGUCGAGGCUUGGGAGCCGGCAAGUGGAAACACAUCCAGGAAAUGAAGAAGAACAGGAACAGGAGACACCACAGAGAGACGGAGGAAGAUAAACAGGGGUGGGUGGCGAGGACAGUAAAGCAGUGAGGUCAAAAUGAAGCAGGAUGAUGAAGCAGACGUGACACAGAACUGCAAUGACAGAUCAACUCAGAGCUAAUAGGUCUUGAAAGACUAACAUUAAUAUACAGUUCAGGGUUUCAAAAUAAAAGUUUAUACAAGCAGUUUUAAUAUUUUUGGGUUGUGAAUAUGUAAUUACUCCAUUGUGAAAGAGCAUGUCAGUUGUUUCAGAGGAGAAAAUAACUCAUUUUGUAAUUUUCUCGGAAUCUCUCUUGUAAUUUACAAGAUAUUUAAAAAAGAAAAUUGUUCAAACUCCUUUGAAGCUAAAGAAAUUCUGUCCGAUCUGCAGAUGACAUGAUUCCAAAAUGCCUAGUUGUCCACAGUCAUCCGUUGAUUUGAUGAGCUGACCAGAUGAAGCUGAUCUUCCUACAGCAUUCACUAACAAACAGUACUGACAGUUAACAGAUUUCAUGAUACUGAAACCCAUCAAUGGUCAAUCAGUGAGUUCGGCGACAAAAAAACUUUUUUUUAACUUGUGGUGAUGACAAUGCAUUCAUGUUGAAUGACUGUAAAUAUGUACAGGAUGCUCAGUUUAACCUCCUUACCGAUCUGUAUAAUUCUAAUGAUCAUCGUGUGUUAUGUUUGAGAUGACAAACAAUAUAUUUUUUUGUACAAACGUUUCACUCAUAUGUACUGUAGGAUGGAUAGAUUGUUUUUCUUAUUGCUGUUUUGGAGAAGUUAUUUAAAUAAAUGUGUCUCGGAGCCUC